AUGAAAAACGCUUCUGUUUUGAAAACAGCUAGAGCUUCAUGUAUCUCCAAUUUUAUCAUACCUUCAGGUUCAGGAAUAACGACACAAUCUAAAAAAUCACCAUUAUCAUUAAUCUCCACCAAGAAAUCAUUCCCAAUAUCAUCAAGUAACAAAAUCCAAAGAAACUCUACUCGGUCAAUAACUACAUCUUCCACAAAUAAAUCAACCAUAACAGCUUCAGAUGCAUCCAGUAUAAAUAUUGGAUCUAAGGCAGAAUCAAUAACUGAACAACUUCAACAAAAAGAAGGGUUCAAACCUAAAAGAAGUUUAUUGAAUACCUCCAAAUAUGUUGGGUAUUGGUUGAUUGGUACAUCUGGUCUUGUUUUCGGUAUUGUUGUCUUGGGUGGUUUAACUCGUUUAACAGAAUCUGGGUUAUCAAUUACUGAAUGGAAACCAGUUACAGGUACUAUUCCACCUUUAAACCAUCAAGAAUGGGAAGAAGAAUUUGCUAAAUAUAAAGAAUCUCCAGAAUUUAAACAAUUGAAUUCUCAUAUCACAUUAGAAGAGUUUCAAUUCAUCUUUUUCAUGGAAUGGGCUCAUAGAUUAUGGGGAAGAGCUAUUGGUGUUGUAAUGUUACUACCUGCUGCUUAUUUUGCAUUUUCAAGAAAAACAUCACCAAGGGUUAAUGGAAGAUUAGUUGGAUUGGUUGCACUAUUAGGUUUACAAGGUUUCAUCGGUUGGUGGAUGGUUAAAUCUGGUCUUGAUGAGGAAAAUUUAAAAGAAAGAAAAUCAAAACCAACAGUGUCACAAUAUAGAUUAACUACACAUCUUGGUGCUGCUUUCAUGUUAUAUAUGGGUAUGUUUUGGACUGGGUUGGAAAUAUUAAGAGAGGCAAAAUGGACAAAAGAUCCAAAAGCUGCUUUAGAAGUUUUCCAAAAAUUGGAUAAUCCUGCAUUAAAACCAUUAAGAGGAAUUUCAUUAUUUUUGGUUGGAUUAACUUUUAUCACUGCCAUGUCUGGUGGAUUAGUUGCGGGAUUAGAUGCUGGUUUGAUUUAUAAUACAUUUCCUCAUAUGGGUGAUGAUAUAGUACCAUCAAAAAGAGAAUUAUUUGAUGAUAAUUAUGCAAGAAAAGAUGAUAAAUCUGAUAAAUUUUGGAGAAACAUGUUGGAAAAUCCAACAACUGUGCAAUUAAACCAUAGAAUAUUAGCAACAACAACUUUUUUUGCAAUUUUGGCUACUCAUUUAUAUGCUUCAAGAAACAAAUUCAUUGUUCCAAAAGCUGCAAAUAAAUCAUUACAUGGAGUCAUGGGUGUUGUUUCAUUACAAGUUGCAUUAGGUAUCUCCACUUUAAUUUAUCUUGUUCCAAUCCCAUUAGCUUCUGCUCAUCAAGCUGGUGCUUUAGCAUUAUUAACUUCUGCAUUGAUAUUUGCAGCUAACUUAAGAAAACCAAGAACAAAUAUGAGAGUUUUAAUAUCUGGCUUAUAUGUUCAGCAAUUGAAGAAAGCUAAAGAAGGUGGAUCAAAGAUCUUGAGUGAAGCUUCUAAGCUAGCUAAAUGA